AUGGGCGCGGGCUGGGCAGAAGCCCCAGGGCACCAAAAGACAAACCGAGACACCCCAGGGCGGGCAGAAGCCCCAGAGCGCCAAACACACAAGACCAGCCACAACAACCAAAAGAAAGAAGAGCACCACAGGGUGAGCGGAAGCCCCGGAGGGCGAAAAGACAAACACCAACCACGACCACCAAAGGGAACGGAGACACCCAGAAGCCCCAGAGCAUCUAACAAAAACAAACACCAGCCACAACCAGAAAAAGAAAGACAGAAAGCAACACCAACCAUGAGCGGAAGCCGCAGAGGGGCCAUAGGACACAUGCAAACCGCAGCCACCAAGAGGAAGAGAAAGCAGAAGCCCCACAGCGCCGAAAGACAAGCGCCAACACACCCACUGAAGGGAAGAAGACGAACACCGCAGGGCGGGCAGAAGCCCCGGAGCGCCCCGGAGCGCCAAAAGACAAAAACACCCCGGGGGGCAGAAGCCUUGGGGCACCACAAGACAAACACCAACAGCAGCGACCAGCAUCAAAGGACCAUAGCCAACCGCAUCCACCAUGAGGAAGAGAAACACAACGGACUCUUGCACCAGGGUGGGAGAGGGGAUGGGGUCACGGUCCAUGACCCUGUGCUGUGGCAAUAUCCAACGCUUGCAGAUGAAAAUGCCUUGCAUGUGUUGUUUUCCUAUCAGUCAGGAAAAGCUGCCCCUGGCGCUGGCAAUCGAGAAGAUGAAGGCAGCUGGCGCCGCCCACCGGCCAACCGCGAGAAUGCAGAAUCCUGGCGGAAGGACGAGGAUGCCCGGGUGGAGCGGGCGCAGCGGGAGAGGUUGGCAGAGGAGAGACGUGGGGAAACCCAGAAGGACAGACCAGUUUGA